CAGGGCAGUGUUGCGCGUCAUGACUGAUGAGCAAAUGACAAAAUACAUAAACUCAUAUGGUGACAGAGUAGCUGUGCUAUCUUUCUGUGAACAAACACAGUGCCAAAGCACCAGUAAAGACGCUCUUUUGGAGAGAUUGAAAUAUAAAAUAGGGGCAUGCAAAAUGAAAUCAAAGACAAAAGGAUCACCGAGUGGAACCCCAGAUGAAUCCCAAAACACCAUGGCCAGAAAAAAAAAUACGUCAGCAGAGAAGACUUCAAGAAAGGUUGAAAUUGGAUGGCUUCAUUUUGGCAGUAAUGGAUACAGACAAGUACGGACCAACCGUGGUGGAGGCACGAGACAGGCUACAAUGGCAAAAACAACUACUGUUGCUCAGAUCAUGGAAUUAGGAAAGGAACUAUUUUUCCCUGAUGGGCUGUCCACAAAAGGGCCAGCUGAAGACUUCACGAUUGACAUCUGCGAUUUUAAAAUGAACAAGAUUCCCUUUAAUCACACUGUUGGCCAAAUGUAUGAACAAACUAAACUAAAACUCCUCAGAUUUUACAUUUGUACUAAAAAGGGAGCUUCAACAGAUCACUCAUCUGAGGAAAAUUAUCAUUCUGAAGAUGGAUCUCAGUCAGUCAUCACAGAUCUGCAGGAUAGUUCAUAUUCAAGUGAUAGUGACGGAAGCGCCCAG